AUCGAGAACCUGUGCCAGACGGUGGUCGCGGACCACGUGAAAGCGGCGUCCACUCUCUGCUCCUCGGAUUCGGAAGCGUCGGUGGGCAACAUAAAUGCGUCGAAAUCGAAACGGCAGAAAUGGAAAGAGGAUUCGUGGAAGCUCGACUUUUCAAAAAAGAACCUGAAGCCGCUCGAUUACCCCUACUUUCAUUACAACAAGGCGAAGGUCCUUGUCGGCGGGGGUGCGUCGAAAGUCGCGGCGGUGGACGGGAGUUCUUCGUGCGCGCAGACGAACGUGGCGCCCACGCACGCAACCUCGUCGCAGGACGGCGCAGCGACUGGUGCGGCAGUGCCGCUGGAGGAAGCAGAGUUUGCGAUUUUGACCGAGCCGGCCGGCAAGGCGAUGACGAUGGAAAUGGCCGUGAAGUUGCAGGCGAAGCUCGAUGAGCUGGACAACAAGGAGGACGGUGCUGGGGACGCCCCGCCGUGGUGGCAAGCGUCGUUGUUCUGGUGGAUCGCCGGCGGCGUGUUCGUGCUACUUGCAGGGGGCGUGUUCGCGGUUGUCUACUACUUUUGCGUCAUCGUGCCCGGGAUGCAGCAGCAGGAGCAGCAGGGGCCCGGCAACGCUGCCGAGCCAGCUUCGCCCUACGACACGCUGGCCACCAUCUACGAACAGCAAGCCGCGAAACCGGAAAUCUCGUCCUUCGAACUGGCCCAGUACCCAGCCACCCAGCCCUCCGUGGCCGCACUCGCAAAAGUUUUCGCGAGCGGCAAGAAGGAGUGGGAAACCUGGGUCGCCAAGACCUACAAGGCCGUGAAGCUGUACGAAGAGAAAUGCACCGGUGCCGGGCCGACGGUGUUCCACGCGAACGCGACUCCCAAGCCGGAUUGGUGCGAUGCGACGAAGGUCGCGGGGAAGGCGAAAGCAAUCUUGGAAUACGAUGUGCACAAGGCCGCGGGUUACGGCGGCGUUGAAGGCGUCUUUCCGCUUCAGGACCAGAGGCGGGCGGCCCAGCAGUCGGUGGUGGGUGAUGCAAGGCAGCGGGCGCUAGAUGAGGAAGAAGCCGCGGACGUGGCGGUGUUCAUCCAGAAUCUGGGCGGGCUGGAGGCCGCGCAGCGCGUAAUCAGCCAGCGCAUGACGCUGGAGGGCUCACCAGUGCAAAGACAGCAGCAGCAGCAGCAGGACAACAAUGACAACCAGCCCGGUGCUGGAAACAACAACGACAAAAAGAAAGAAUCCUUUGGCUUUCCCUUUGCGUUCGAGCUGGUGGACAAAAGUGUUUCGGUGUUGCAGCGCAACACGCUAUGGGAGAAGACGCUCGUUCCCGCACUCACGUCCAUCGACCCGCGGUUUGCCAAGCAGGUUCGCGCAGAAGACGGCACCCGCAUGCAGGACUGGUUCGCGAGCGUUGUCGCGCACAAAAAGGGCAUGCUGCGCGACUCCGCAACCUCGGGCAACCCGACGCUGCAGGAGGGACUGCACAACUACGUGUUUGAGGCCGAAGAGGGUGCCGUCGACUCGCCGGAGGCACAGGAGAAAAUGCGCAAGCACUCGUUGAGCUACUACCAGAAGCUGCGGCUGGUGCAGGCCGCCCGCGGGCAGGAGGUACGAAAGCUGGUCACGAAAACGAAAGGCGACGUGCUGCUGGACCAGGCCAGCUUUGCGUACUACCUGGUCAAGGACGGCAUUCCGAACAUCGUCACGGGAUGGCGCAUCCGGCGUCAGCAGAGCCCGCGCGACGCGGGUCUGACGUUCGCGGGGUCCGCGUUCGGGUCGGGCGCGCUGAAGGAACCGAGACCGGACGAGAUGCUGGAUUGGCCGCUGUUCGCGCCGCACCCCAAGCCCCCCGGGAAGGAGGUGUCUCUGAACAGCGCGCGUUCCAAUCUGGGCGAGGAGAAGUGCAACGAGGCCCCCUUGCCACAGAGCGCGCUCGUGCCGCGGGGGCGGAGCUCGGCGUUCCACCGGUUGUGUUGGAAACCCAAAGUGGCCGGAGACCAUUUGUCGCCGAUGGACACGUGGACCCCGCACCUGCGGAUCCGCCGGGACCUGGUCGCGGGGCCGUUCUGGACCCUGGGCGGCACCGGCCCGAAGACCUUUUUUCUGGUGCCGCUGCCGCGGGCGGCCCUCCAGUACAUGACGGAGUUCCGGCUCGAGUUCAAGGAGUGGCAGGUGCAGCGGGUGCUGCGCCAGGUGCGGACCAAGCACUCGGUCAUCGUGGCGGACAUGCGCAAGCGCAUGGAGGGCGAACAAGAAGGGCACCUGAACCCGGUGAAGCCGCCGGAGGCCUGGUACGACGAAUUCUUCCUGACGCCCGACUACGCCGACGUUUUGGACACUGAUUUGGACUUUGCGGGGUACUGGGUGUACCAGGUGGCAGACAAACCCGGGUACGAGCCGGGGUUCAUGCCCGUGCCAUACCGGUCCUUCGAACCGGUCGACCACUUCUCGUGGACGCUGGGAACCCCGUCCUUGGACGGAAUGGCGGGAGGAGAUGCAGGCGGCGGUUAGGGAGGUAGAUGAAGACGAGCUCGGUGGAUAUUUAGUUUGCGAAAACCAAGAGGACCCCUCUAGUAAGUACCCCAUUGUGUAUGAUUGACUUAGGCAUUUGGUUUCCCCUACUAGCUCUGUCGGUCUUGUUCUGAUCGCGUAAAGAUUUUAUCUGAACGUUCUACACGUCGACCCUAUGAGGGCAACCAUAUCUAGAAGCCGAAAGCAUGGUAGCCUGCCAGGUUGUCUGCCUCGUGCUUGUUGGGUAUGGGAUUCUGUACUUUCGCUUAAAUCAAUUUUUUUUUGUUUUUAGUAUAUCGGGGCUUUUUGUAAACUAGAAACGGCAAAUGAUAUACGAUGCUUGGUAAACGAGAAACCGCAAAUAAAAUACAUAAAAUACGAUGCUUGUGGUGAAACGAGACCAGGCGGCAAAAGGUAUCUGCUGAAGAUCGCAUUGC